GGCACAGCACAGGAUCCAGGACGUCAGGAAGUAGACUUCUGUCUAGGUGCCUAGCACCUAGGUUACUUUCCCUAUCUCAGAAGCUCGUUGAUUCGGGCUGAUAACAGUUUUGAAGUGCGAGGCAGUAACUUCACAGCGAGGUGACAUUCAUUGAAUGCUUCCUUGGUCCAUUCUGCUAACUUUGGCCGUACAGAGACGUCGGGUGUAAACAGUAACUCCUCAUGGAUGUCGAGAGUGCCCCUCCCGCACAUAAUAAUAAUGAAACGCGGAGACUGGAAUUGACAUCAAUAGAAGUAAAUAACACGAAGACGAAUUCCAGGAGAUCAACAAGAAAUUCAACAUGGCCGAAACAUCCCCCUUUUGAUGACUUUGAAUAUUCUUCACAAUUUGAUAGCCAGCUGGAGUUUUUCCCACUUUGGCGCUUUCCUGCAAAGCUAGCUGGGGGAUUGUCCAUUGUUGUUUUCAUAUAUACUUUACUGAGAGAUAUCAUUCACCCCUAUUUAACUGAAAGCAAAAAUGUAUCCUACAAAAUUCCCAUUUUGGUCAUGAACAAAGUGCUUCCAGUAGUUGCCAUUAUACUUUUGGCUUCAGUGUAUUUACCAGGAAUUUUGGCAGCCAUUUUUCAGCUCUAUUUUGGUACCAAAUACCGACGUUUUCCUCAGUGGCUGGCUUGUUGGAUGUUGGUAAGGAAACAACUGGGACUCCUCAGCUUCUUCUAUGCUGUGCUGCACGCAUUCUUCAGCCUUUGCUAUCCUAUGAGAAGAUCAUACAGAUACAAAUUACUCAACUGGGCAUAUCAACAGGUGAAACAAAACAAAGAAGAUGCUUGGAUUGAGGAUGAUGUCUGGAGAAUGGAAAUUUAUGUCUCUCUAGGAAUUUUGGGUCUUGCAAUUCUUGCUAUUUUGGCUGUGACUUCAGUUCCUUCGAUCAGCAAUUCAUUAAAUUGGAGAGAAUUCCAGUGUAUCCAGUCAAAGAUGGGAUAUGGUGCAUUAUUCCUAUGCACUCUUCAUGCUCUGGUAUAUGCCUGGAGAAAAUGGGUGGAGCUCAAGUACUUCGUCUGGUAUACACCUCCAACAUUUAUUAUUGCAGUUUUUCUACCCAUUAUAGUCUUGCUUUGCAAAACAGUAUUUCUGUUCCCAUGUCUUGCAAGAAGGUUAGGUAGAAUUCGACAAGGAUGGGAAUGGAAAUCAAGAUAUAACAUGGAAUCUAAUCUUAAGGAUGCCAUGGACGAUCAGGCUACUGCUGAAAGAUUAACCAGUAUGGCAGAAGAUCACUAAUAACCUCAGUGCAAAGAACAAAUCUUGCAGUUGGAUAUUAUGAUACAUGUACAGUAAGUGUUUGUCUUUGUGGACAGCAAAAAAGGCCCUGCAUUCUGGACUGGUUUCUUCUUAUUAAAUAUUUCCUAAUGGAUCAUUCAAAGGUAGAAAGCUUUUGUUCCGGUAUGAUGAAAGAACAAUAAUACAAAAGGAAACUUGUUUUCCUUUCCUUUCAAAAUUUGAGAAAGCUAACCAAUUAAUUUAAAAUGUUUAGUCAGCGUGCACGCUGAUCAAUGAAAUGUUGCAAAUUUUAGCAUUGUCCUUUACAUAUCCAAAUAAGAAAUAACCUGUUUUACUGGCCAAUAUUGAAACUUUACAUGUGAUUGAUCAUGAAAUAGAAUAAUUCCCAAUGAAAACACCAGAAAAUAAAUGAUUUCUUUGGAGAUUUUAGUCAUUUCACAUAUGGUCCUAUAAAUAAAAUUAGAUAUUUUGGGGGCUUAGAAUCCUCUGCUCUAUCCAUCAAAGCUACCAUGUUGAGACAUAGUGAUCAUAUGUUUAACAUUUUCUUUUUCUAAACUGUCUUUGACAAAAAAAAUUGUCUUGAACCUUGUGUUCCAUAUUCGUUUUCUUUUCUGACAUUGUCAAUCAAUAUGUGGUAUUCAAGUUCACUUGUAUUUUAUAGUUGUGCAGCAUCAAAGGGAAUGUUGUGCAACUGGCUCUUAAAUGGCUAUUCAAAAAGACUUUU